GUUUGUCGGCUUGAACAACGCGUCGCUCAUCUAUACGACCUGUGCCGGGGCCUUCUUCAGGAGAACAGUAAUCUUAAGUCUAGUUUGAAUGGCGUGUUCUGCCAAGCCUCACGUGGAGGUUUUCCUGUUUCAGCUGGUCCGGCUCUUAUUGCACCAACUAUUCGUCUGGCUCAGGUGAGGUGCUUCCUAAAGGCCAAAUUUGCUUAUCGAAUCAAUCUUAUUUUGCUCUUAUCACGCUGA